UAAAGCACAAUAUGGUCCACAUCCAGUUCUGAUAAGAAGCAGCUAAACAGCUAGGUGACAUUGCAAUGCACAGUGGUGGAUAUUUGUAGCCAACUGACAAAUUAAACCUUCUUCUGGUUGAGCUGGAAACCUGUCAUCAUUCGGAACCGGCAUGAAUGCACUAUCAUGAGUGGAAACUUCCACUGAGGCGUCCACCCAGGAGACAGACUGAAUUAAAGGGGGACAAGGAACAUAUGCCCAAUAGGUAGACUUUUCAGGUGUCCCAGCUGCUGGCGUACUCACCACUGCACUGACCGCUAUAAAGGCAGCCGGAGUUAUAUUACCCGUCGUUGUUGGAAUUCCUUUUUCUUGUAGUAAUGUUUGUGUUUGAUGUGAUAAGACGUUUAUUUGACGCCAUGUUGGUGGAGUUGAACGACUGGUGGUGUUGGUCACACGGCGAUAUUUUGUCAUAAUGUAGAGGUCAUGAAGUUUAUGUGUCAGGCGGGGAACCUUGCCCUUCGAUUUGUGAGGAGUCUUUGCCUUUUGUUUCUGAGAGCGUUUCAUAUUUGAAAUUUUGGUGCAAUUUCAGUUGCCGGGAGGGAACCCACACGGGUUGUUGUCUUUCUCCUGGGGAAAUGCAAGCAAAACCCCUGCCCCAUGUUACCAUGGUGCCUACUUCCCAUUUGUUAGUUUUUGCAUCCUUCCACCAUACCCGCUUUCCUUUUUGUGGAUCAAAUUUAUUUCCAGUGAAAUGUUCUCUGCUGUAAAAGGUUGAUUUCUUACUAGGUUUAAGAAGUUUAGUGUAAAAAGAGCCAGAUUUAGCUGAGCAUGAGGGGUGGUGGCGUCCCUCUUUGUCUUUGUGUCCUGUUUUCGAAGUUGAUCUUUGAGUGUUUUAUUGGCUCCUUCCACCAAGGCCUGUCCUUGAGAGUUAUAGGGGAUGCCAGUUGUGUGAGUAAUUGCCCAUGUCUGAGUGAGCUUUUUAAACACAGCACUAGUGUAGCCGGGGCCGUUGUCAGUUUUCAGUUUCCUGGGACAGCCCAUAACCGAGAAACAUGAAAGCAUAGUCGUUUAACAUGAGAUGUACUUUCCCCUGUGUGACAAGUGGCCCAGAUAAAAUGAGAAAAUGUGUCAAUAGUUACAUGUAUAAAAGAAAGCUUGCCAAAAGCAGGAUAAUGAGUGACGUCCAUUUGCCAGAGAGCAUUCUGUGAAAGUCCUCUAGGGUUAACUCCUGAGGAAAGUGGCUGUAAAAUUAACACUUGGCAAGUAGGACAGUGACGUGCAGUGGUUUUAGCUUAUUUACAUGUGAGGGGGACUUUUUUGGAAUCCCGCAGCAUUGACAUGAGUUAAAGCAUGAAAAUUUUCUGCACCAGUGAAAACAGGAGCAACUAAUGUAUCAGCUCAGGCAUUUGCUGCCGAGAGGGGCCCAGGGAGGGGUGUGUGGGCCCCAGUGUGAGUAAUGUAGAAAGGAGAAGACCUUGCUCUGAGUACAGACUGAAACCUUUGGAAAAGAAAAAGUAGGGUAUCAUCAGGCCGAAAUUUGAUUAAGGCAGUUUCAAUGUUGCCAGCAACAUGUACUACAUAGGCCCAAUCAGAAACAAUGUUAACUGGUUCAGGGAAAUCUUCAAGGACAGCCAUGACAGCGAUCAGCUCAGCUGGUUGUGCUGAACUAGGGAACAGUUCUGUUGGCCCUGUCUGUGCUGCUCGGCCAUUACAGGAAGCAUCAGUAGAAACAGUGAAUGCUUCGGCUAGUGGGGUGUUUCUAGUCAUGUGAGAUUCCAGGAUGGAGGCCGGGAUCGUGGAGUCUCCUCUGCAGAGAAAGCUCUCCAGGCAGGCAGGACUGCCGGGCACCGUGUGGGGGCGCCUCCCCGGGGGGCACCCCGCACCACCCCACCCACGUGGCAGUCCUGAGGACGGGUCAGAUAAACUCACCCGCCCCCGGGCUCGGGAGCGCAGCGCCUCCCCAAGGGUUCUGCAGGAAGACCCGGGCCGGCCCGUGGGGAGCUCAGCCCCCCGCUACAGGUGCGUGUGCGGCAAGGCGUUCAGAUACAACUCGCUGCUGCUCAGGCACCAGGUCAUCCACACCGGCGCCAAGCCCUUCCAGUGCACGGAGUGCGGGAAGGCCUUCAAGCAGAGCUCCAUCCUGCUGCGGCACCAGCUGAUCCACACCGAGGAGAAGCCGUUCCAGUGCGGCGAGUGCGGCAAGGCCUUCCGGCAGAGCACGCAGCUGGCUGCCCACCACCGCGUCCACACCCGCGAGCGGCCCUACGUGUGCGGCGAGUGCGGCAAGGCCUUCAGCCGCAGCUCCCGGCUGCUGCAGCACCAGAAGUUCCACACCGGGGAGAAGCCCUUCGCGUGCACCGAGUGCGGCAAGGCGUUCUGCCGCAGGUUCACCCUCAACGAGCACGGCCGCAUCCACAGCGGGGAGCGGCCCUACCGGUGCCUGCGGUGUGGGCAGCGCUUCAUCCGAGGGUCCUCGCUCCUGAAGCACCACCGGCUGCACGCCGAGGAGGGUCCCCAGGACGGCGGCGCGGGGCAGGGCGCCUUGCUCCGAGCGGCGCAGAGGCCCCAGGUGGGGGACCCGCCCCACGAGUGCCCAGUGUGCGGGAGGCCGUUCCGACACAACUCUCUGCUGCUCCUGCACCUGCGCCUACACACGGGCGAGAAGCCGUUCGAGUGCGCGGAGUGCGGCAAGGCCUUCGGUCGCAAGUCCAACCUCACUCUGCACCAGAAGAUCCACACCAAGGAGAAGCCCUUCGCGUGCACCGAGUGCGGCAAGGCCUUCCGCAGGAGCUACACGCUGAACGAGCACUACCGGCUGCACAGCGGCGAGAGGCCAUACCGGUGCCGCGCCUGUGGGAGGGCCUGCAGCCGGCUGUCCACCCUCAUCCAGCACCAGAAGGUGCACGGCCGCGAGCGCCAGGAGGACACGGAGGGCAGGCGGGCGCCCCACUGGGCUUCCCGAUGAUGGGGACGACAGGCCGAGGAUUCACGCGGGAGGCCCACCCAAGCCGGCGGGGCCCCAGCGCAGAAAUUCAGAACCCCGCGUCUUGACGGUGCAGCAAAGUCUGAAGAAAGGGCCAAGCCGGGCAGUGCGGAGGGAAAGGGCACCGGGCAGCCCGUGGUGCGGCCUCAGGGACUGCCAUUAGCCACCAUUUCCUGGGACCUUCCGGAAAUGUCCAGGAGCGGCAGAAGUGAGGGAGGGAGGGGCAGCUAUGCUCAGUCCCCAAAGAGCAGGGCACAGGGGACACCAUGGACGCAUAUGCAGCCUGGCACAGCCAGGCCUUAGCACCAGGCCCUGUGUGGCAGUGAAUUUCAGGUGUUGUGAAGCCGACUCACAGGAUAGAAGGUGCCUUAGCUGCCUGCCACGUCUCCUACCUGUAAUCCCAUCACUUUGGGAGGCUGAGGCAGGAGGUUUGCUUAAGCCCAGGAGUUUGAGACCAGCCUGGGCAACAUGGUAAAACUUCUCUACAAAAAAUUU